CAUUUGGUGUAGAUAUUCUCAGAGAAAGAGUAUAUGUUAGAGAUGAUGAAGAUGUGUUGGCUUCUUCUGUUAUUCUUCUUUGUGCAACUGUGUUCAGCGCAGACUGUGCAGAGACAGUAUUUAGACCCUCACAAUAGGGCCAGGUCUCAAGUGGGUGUAGGCCCUCUGGUGUGGGACAAUACUGUGGCUGCCUAUGCGCAGAACUAUGCUAAUCAACGCAAGGGAGAUUGUGCUUUGAGGCAUUCUGGGGGUCCCUAUGGUGAAAAUAUUUUCUGGGGUAAAGGAAGGGAAUUUACUCCUGCAGAUGCUGUGAAUGCAUGGGUUAAUGAGAAGCAAUUUUAUGAUUAUAAUUCGAAUUCAUGCGCUCCAGGGAAACAGUGUGGGCAUUAUACUCAAGUGGUGUGGAGGAAUUCGAAGAAGGUUGGGUGUGCUCGUGUUAAAUGUAAUGAUGGUGCGUUUUUCAUUACCUGCAAUUAUGACCCACCUGGGAAUUUUAAUGGCCAGAGGCCGUACUUGACAUCGCCCUUCACUUCCGUUUCCUCUUUCUAAGUAUUUGGCUCUCAAUAAGACGUAUUGGCCUCUUAUAUGGGUGGGUCAAUGAAUGGAGUUUAUCUUUGUCAAGGUUUGUAAUUUGCUUGAAAUAAUAGCUACCGUGCAGUGAGGUUUUGCUUUAUUUAACUAAAUAUGUUUGUGAAACUAUCAACUAUUCGGUACUCAAUCUUGAAUACUGAACUUGAGUCACACAGCAUUGGAUGAUGUGUUUGAUGUAAUUUUUAUACAUCCAUCGAUUGUAUUGUCUCACAAAGCUUAAUCAUUUUGACUUUG